AUGACGGAUACGGUUGAGUUGGUUGACUCAGGAAAUGGGAGUAAACAAACAAUUUCUUUGCUCAAAGAUUCCUCCUCGAUGACUACUCCAAUCACAUCCCAUUCACGUUACAUUCAAACUGAACAUAUCGAAAUGAGAACAGUAUGCGUUUCUACAUCACCGGAACACCUAAAUAAUAUCACCGAUACAGCACAGGCAAAAAAAAAAAAUUCUUACACAGUUUGCGAUGAAUUUAUGAGACGCGAUGUUGUGGGUGUUAUCACCGAAAUGGAUGUUGAAUUAAAUAACGGAAAGGAAAUUGCACGAAAGAUAUGUUGCAGUACUGUUGCAUUGCAAACAGAAUUUGAACCGGAACAAAGCGAGCCAAGAAUAAUUGAUGAUACGGAAAUAUCAGAAUCGCUCUGGUUGAUUCCGCCUAGAAAUAGAAAGGAUGUGGCAGUAGGCAACGAGGAUGAUGUGGUCGAGCUGCUUGAAGUACCUGAAGAACCUGAUAAAGUCAAGCUGCAAGAGGAAAUAAUAUUAGAUAGUGAUGAUGACGAUACGAUUUGUGUAGUGGAAGAAACAUUGUCGAAUCCAGAUAUCGAUUCCGAAAGUUUGAAGUCUAUGGAACAGUUGUCGUCGAAGCAACACAUCAUCGACAAUUUAGACGUUAAUGCUACAAGUGAGAUCGUCACAGAAGUCAAAACACCUCGCGCAUUGGGUCAUGCCCGUGCAGCUGUAGUUAAAAAAAUAUUAACUGAAAAAUCGCAGCCAUUAAGUUUCAUUCGUGGUACGACAGUAUCCAAAUCUUGGCGACCAACCACUAAAAAAGGUGAUCCAUUGCAGUACAUCGUUGAUCAGCAUAAAAUACAGAGCGGUUCAUCUCCUUCAAUACCUCAAACAACAAAAGGUGCCUUGAAAGAAAAAGUUAAUCUUAAAAAAGAUGCUGUACCACCACAAAUGCCUUUAUCGAAGGUUCCAGAACCGGUUCCAGCUCGAAUACCACGACCCAAAAUCAGCAAAUACAUUCCUGGAGAAUCUGUACCACAAUCACCUGAUGAAGAAGCUGAAAUAGCCGAUCGAUUGACUCCAUUACGUUCGGAGAUGCGUACUCUACGAACAUAUUCUAACGGACGAGCAAUGACGUUUUUCCGACCAGCACAAUCCUUGAAUGCACCGCCGAAGAUACCUCUUCCAACUUGCGACAAAACUAACAACUCUAUCGUUUUUGAAGACAGCACGAGCUCAUCUUCCGAUUCGGAAGGUUCAUACGAUACAAACGAAACAGGUACUGCUGCUGAAUUUGAAUUAACGCUACAACUUAAUGAAGCGAUUGAUAUUCUCAAAAAACACUUUCAGAAGCCGGAUUCAGUUGAACCUUCUUUACUGGAUUGGGCAACAAAGCAUGCCAAACAUGAAUGGUUGAAAACAGCUGCGCGGAAAACAGCAUCAGCGGUCCAAGUGGAAGGUUUUAUCGACUUCUUAGAAGCAACAUCAGAUGCUGUUCUUAAAUUCGUCGUCAAUCUCGCUGAUCCAAAUGAAAAUACUGCUCUCCAUUAUGCAAUAUCUCAUGGUAAUUUCGACGUUGUUAGUAUUUUGUUGGAUUCGCGAGUAUGCAAUUUGAAUCAUGCAAAUAAGGCCGGAUAUACGGCAAUGAUGUUAGCAUCGCUCUGUGAUGCAACAGAUGAAGUUGAGGCUGCCGUUAUUCAUCGAUUGUUUCAAUUAGGUGAUGUUAAUGCUCAAGCUAUUCAGCACGGACAAACAGCUCUUAUGCUGGCUGCUUCCCACGGUAAAAUGAAUACGACAAAGUUAUUGAUUGAUUGUCAAGCUGACCUAAAUAUACAGGAUGAGGAAGGCUCUACAGCAUUGAUGUGUGCUGCCGAACAUGGCCAUAAAGAAAUCGUGAAAUUAUUACUCUUACAGCAGGAUAUUGAUGCUUCACUUUCUGACUGUGAUAGUUCAACAGCCUUAUCGAUUGCGGUAGAGAAUGGUCAUCGUGAUAUUGGUGUUCUGAUUUAUGCACAUCUCAAUCAUUCAUGUAAACAAAAUCAGGAUGAACAAAAGACUGAAUCAACUUUUUAA